AGCUGGGCUUACGGAGAGGGCGGAGGGAGAACGAGGGGGACUCCGGGGGUCGAGGAGCUUUGGGGCCUGCGCUAGGGCGGGAGCGACGCGGCGUGGAAAGAGAGUGCUGCUUCCUCUGUGCCCUGGACCGUUGAUAGAGCGCCUGAGGUGUUCCGGACCCUACGCUCGAGCUCGCCCGGCCCCCACCGUUUGCAGGGAACUCUCAGAUACCUGGCUGCCAUGGGGUGCAGUUCAGCUACAGGGUCACAGGCUCACUGAAGACUGAGAUAUAAAUAUUGGAUCCAGACUUGCUGAUUGUUAGAGGCUGGUACUGCCUUUUGCACAAUGGCAGAGGUGGUGGCUGAGGCAGCUGAAGUGGCUGAGAUGCCAACACAGAUGUCACCAGGGGCAGUGGAGAUGUCAACACCGACGUUAGGGGAGAAAAUGGAGAUGUUAACGGAGGUGACUGAGAUGACACCUGGGGAGGCCCUUGCCUCAUCCCUCUUCUUCCAGUUCAUGUGCUCUGAAUGUGGCAGCCUCUACAACACACUGGAAGAAGUCCUGUCACACCAGGAGCAGCAUGUGCCCACUGUCACAGAGGAGGAGGCGCUGACCACCCAGGACACUGGCCUGGAGCCGGAGCUGGUGCCAGGCACUGAGGAUGGGCCUUUCCAGUGCGGUGAGUGCAGCCAGCUCAUCCUCUCCCCCAGCGAGCUCCUGGCCCACCAGGAUGCCCACCUGCGGGAGUCUGCAAGCCAGAUCCAGUACCAGUGUGGAGACUGCCAGGAGCUGUUUCCCUCGCCUGAGCUGUGGGUGGCUCAUCGGAAGGCCCGGCACCUUUCUGCUGCUGCAGCAGCUAAACCUCCGGUGCCGCCUCCUCUGCCUCCCCUCCCCUCCCCACCUCCACCCCCUGCUCCACCCGAAGUCAAGAUGGAGCCCUAUGAGUGUCCUGAGUGCUCUGCCCUGUGUACCACCCCUGAGGAGUUCUUGGAGCACCAGGGCACUCACUUUGACUCCCUAGAGAAAGAAGAGCGCAAUGGGCUAGAGGAGGAGGAGGAGGGUGAGGAUGAAGAAGAUGACGACGAAGAGACAGAGGACGAGGAAGAGGCAGCAGCAGAGGUUGGUGAUGAUGCUAAGGGAGCUGACAAGUCCACAGCCAGCGAGGCCCAGGGCUGUGGGGAUUGUCCUCAACGCUGCACCUCAGCAGGGGCACGCCGGUGCCACCGGCGGGCAUCCCGUGGCCCAGCGUCAGUGGCUCACCCCUUCCACUGCAGCCAGUGCCAGCGCAGCUUCAGCUCGGCAAACCGGCUUCUGGCUCACGGGCGGGCCCAUGUUGGUGGCACACACGAAUGUACGACCUGCUCCAAGGUCUUCAAGAAAGCAGCCUCACUGGAGCAGCACCUGCGGCUGCACCGCGGCGAAGCCCGCUACCUCUGCGUGGACUGCGGCCGUGGCUUCAGCACAGAACUCACGUUGGUGGCCCAUCGGCGGGCCCACACCGCCAACCCACUGCACCGCUGCCGCUGCGGCAAAACAUUCAGCAACAUGACCAAGUUCCUCUACCACCGGCGCACUCACGCCGGCAAGAGUGGGGCACCUCCCAUGGCGGCGGCGGCGGCGGCAGCCGCCUCCCCGGCUCCUGCCGAGCCCACGCCCCCCGUGCUGCCCCCUGCCCCACCUGCCCAGCUGCCCUGCCCGCAGUGCACCAAGUCUUUUGCCUCCGCCUCCCGGCUCUCCCGGCACCGGCGUGCGGUCCAUGGGCCCCCUGAGCGGCGACACCGCUGUGGUGUCUGCGGCAAGGGCUUCAAGAAGCUGGUCCAUGUGCGCAACCAUCUGCGGACGCACACGGGCGAGAGGCCCUUCCAGUGCCAUUCCUGUGGCAAGACUUUUGCUUCUCUGGCCAACCUCAGCCGCCACCAGCUGACCCACACGGGUGUGCGUCCCUACCAGUGCCUGGACUGUGGCAAGCGCUUCACGCAGAGCUCUAACCUGCAGCAGCACCGGAGGCUGCACCUGCGGCCAGUCGCCUUUGCCCGUGCGCCCCGCCUCCCCAUCACCGGUCUCUACAACAAGAGCCCCUACUACUGCGGGACCUGCGGCCGCUGGUUCCGUGCCAUGGCGGGCCUGCGACUGCAUCAGCGGGUCCACGCCCAAGCUCGGACGAUGACACUGCAGCCUCCCAGAUCACCCCCUCCUGCCCCGCCCCCCGAGCCUCAGCAGACUAUCAUGUGCACCGAGCUCGGGGAGACCAUUGCCAUCAUCGAGACAUCCCAGCCACUGGCACUUGUGGACACGCUGCAGCUGUGCCAGGCGGCACUGGGGGCCACUGAAGCGAGCGGGCUGUUACAGUUGGACACGGCCUUUGUGUGACACAGCUGAAGAGCAACAAUAAAAGAGUUUGGUUGCAGAAUCAAGUGUGGGCACCUCUGGGGAGAAAGGGGGCCACGCCCUGGCAAGCCACUCUGGCGCCCACCGGGUGCCAGCAUUCACCCACCCUGGCCUCUUACACACUCACUCCUCAGAAUGGCCCCACCAGGCGUCACCUUUCUCUGCCUGAGGGGACGCUGAAGCUCUGAGACACGAUAUGAUGUGUCCCGGUCACCCCACUGCGUUGCAAAGCGGGGUUCUCCAAGGCUCUUUGCAUCACCCUGGUGCCCAGCAACAUCAGGUAACCUUUCCUGAGCCCCAACCAUGUGCCAGCUCUGCUGGGCCCUGUCACAUACUUCUUCACAUCCUCUGCUUGUCCCCCCAGCCCUAGCCUUCUCUGGACUCUGGGCUCCCAGGACUUGGCUCUGCCUGGUGGAAGAAGGCACUUGACUUCUCUGGGCUUCCUUGAUCUCACUUUUGACAACGUGGAGGGCAAUCUGUAGGUACCCCGGUAUUCAGCUGCAGGUGGGUGAUGUUGGAAACCCAGGAAUGAGUCAGACGUGGGCUCUGCCCCAGGAGCCACGCAGUGUGGUAGGAGGAACACCCACAAAUACAGAUGGCCUUGCUCUCUGAA